AUGCUUUGUGCUAACAACUCCACGGAAGUGGAGGAAACAUCUGUGAAGAGAAAGCGAGAGGAGGAUUUUGUUGGUCAUAACAAGAAUGAAUCAGCGGAAGAACAUUUAUCGACUACGUCAUCAUCAUUCAAUGAAGUUGUAGAUGAUCAGAUUGAACCUCAAGUUAAAAAAAUCAAGACUGAAUUAGAGUUGAAGGCUGGACUUGUAGAUGAAGAUCUUUUUCCCAAGAGUGGUUCUAAAUUAUAUACUGAUGAUGAUGAGACUCGUAUUGAAGAUAUUUGGCAUGUUAAAUAUGUUAGAAAAAUAAUACUAGAUGUUCUAGAUGCUGAUUUGACUAAUUGGCAGGAUAGUGAAGGAAAACAUUUGUUAGAUGAAUUGAUUGAAAGAAGAGAGGAAAUUGAGAGCAUUUCAUUGUUUUUAGCCGAGAGUAUGAUUAAAAAGGUUACGAUUCAUGAUACAAAAUAUAUUAAAGAGAUGAUUAGCAAUUUAAACAUUCCCGAUAUGGUAAAGACAUUAGAAGAAGAAUUAACAGAGGAUUAUCCUCGUGGUUCUAACACAUUGAAAUAUUGGCUCAAAUACAUAUUACCUGAAAUUGUUAAAAAACAAAAUGAACUCAAUCUAAUAGAAUCAAAUGAGGAAAGUGAAAAACUAAGUCCGGAGGAAGAGAAGGAGAAGGAUGAAAUACUGAACUCGAUGCAAUAUGAUGAAAAGGAAGAAGACGGUUAUGCUUUCUUACUUGACUCUUGUAAUCUUUCUGUACCAAGCGAAAUCAAAACUAUGAUUGAUAAUGAAGAGGAAAAAUGUGAAGAAAUAGAGGAAACUAGUGAUGAUUAUAUUAUUGACAACUUAUUCAAUGAAUAUAUAUUCAAUAAGACACUCCCUGAUGAAAGAGGAGAACAUAGUUAUAACAUUAGCCCUUUCAAAGGUAUUCUAACAGAGGAUGCUGCUUCUCUUCAAGAAGAUAAUCCGUUCCUUUCUAUUUUAGAGAAAACAAUUAGAAUGUCCACUAAUAAUGAAUACAAAGAAGAACAUCAAGAUUUACUGGUAUCGCCAAUGAGACUGGGACUUUCAUUAUUAAUUUUGGAUUGCUUAAAUAGAGAGCUUUCUCUUGCCUUUAAUAGACGUUAUUAUUUGUACUUUACUGGAAGGCCAAUAGUAAGGGCUGUUCUUGAUCAUUUAAUUGAUUUUGAUCCAAACAAAGUUUACUUCAAGCAACCACCGGGUUUGGUGGAGAUGAAUGGAAGAGUAUUUUCAGAAUCUCUCGAAAGCCGAAUAACUGAGGAACAUAUCAGACAAGUGAAAAAUGUGUUCGAUAUUUCAAAACCAAUAUUUAAUAAUGAUGAUUAUGGCUUUGAGAUUGAUGAAAGUGAUACAGAAAGUGAAUCCAGUGAUGAAGUAAUAGAUGAAACUGAUGAUGACUUCGAAAAUAGUACUUUAUUCUCUGAAUAUGGAGAGCAUGCCAGAGAUGACUUUAAGAAGCCUCGGUAUGAAAACUUUCAAUAUGGUCCUUGUGGAGGUAAUAUCAACGUUAGAUUUACUCGGUCAGAACAUCCAUUUUGGAGUUCUUUUCCUCUUUCUCAGAAAAACCUUGUAAUGUUGAAUAAUUAUCAACUGAACUCAUAUUGUCCUGUUCCUUUAACAAUUGAAUCAUCCAGUGAUUGGCUAUAUACUGAAGAAAAAUUAGAUGGGGAAGAGGAAAUUCAAGUACCUCUUCACCAGCAAAAGAUUGUUUCUCUAUUCCCGAACGAACUUGAUGAAGAAAAUGGCAACAUGACCAUUCCAGCUGUCGACCAUCUUAUUCAUGUUUUUAGUGAUGCAAGACAUCAGCCUCCAACCCAAAACUCAAUACACAUUGAUAUCAAUAGACUUUUCAGAAGGGCUGGUAACAUGUCUUUCAGCAGCGGAGCUCUCGUAGAAGGUUUUCUUUCUUUGAAAUCAUUCAUCUCAAGAAUAAUUGAAACAUUGAUGGUGAUCAAGAGAGAUGAUUUGGUAACCAAGCUAGACAUUGUAGAUGCACUAAAUAUUUGCAAUUAUACACAUUAUCCUGAUUUGAAAAUUUCACAGCCAUCAGAGCAGAAGUAUAUUCCUAUUGGAGAACUCAAAUUCACUACAGAACCAAUGGUUACCCCUGAAAAUUUUGAAGAUGUACAAGUUGAGGGACUUGAAGUUUUUUUAAGUAGAACGGACCCAAAUGGAAAUGAAAUGAGUGAGGACGAAACCAUUACUAUGAAUGCAGAUUACGAUUACGUUGUGAAUAACAGUACUUUUGCUGAUCAUAUCACGCUUUUCCUCAAUGAUCCAAAUCUUUACAAUGACAGCUUCAUUGAGCUUAAUGGGCAUAGAGUGCACAUAUACACACCAAUAAUCAAACACCGAUGUCCUAAAAUGUAUGAGGAACACUUUUCAACUCCUGAAAAGAGAAAUCAAGGUUUUAUACUUAACAAUGAAAAUGAUUUCACUUUUGAUAUGGUAUUCCAUUGGAUUGAAAGUUAUUAUUUGGGUUCAUUCCAACCAAUGAACGACAAUAAUAGAGAUACAGAAAAUUUUUAUUUGUUACUUAGAAGUUAUGAAAUUAAGUAUAACGCUGUUUAUAAGGGAGAUUAUUCCUCAGAUGAUCCAGAAGACUUAAAGGAUGGAGAAGAAUAUGAAUUGGACGGGCUAGAUCCUUCGAAUACAUGUUUUACUCUUCAUAGCUUGUACAACGAUGAAGAAACCAAGGAUUUUCAAUUAUCAUUUGUUGAUCAUACAACAAUGGAAAAGAAGACAAGAAAAGUUCACAAAUAUAUUUUAGCAUGCCGUUCACCAUUUUUCAGACAAAUUUUCGAAGGAAAUUACACAGACAGAGUCACGGACAAUUUUGAUAUUGGAGACAUAUUUAAGGAUGAGAAAUCUGUUGAUGCAUUUAUUUAUUACCUUUAUCAUAACUUUAUUGUUAUUCCAACCCUUAAUCCUAAUGAGUUUGAACCAAGAAAUAUGGGAUAUUUCGACCUGAAAGACAUUCUUUCAGAAAAAGACACAUCAACGAAACAAGAUUCGGCUAAUCUCUGCGCAGAAGAAAAUGAAAUUAACCUCUAUCUUUCAUUAUUCAUUUCAUCUGACUAUUUAAUGGUUGACGGUUUGAAAAACCUUUGUGAAAAUGUUAUUGGAUCUCUUGUUGAUGAAGAGAAUUUUGCCCAAUUAUUAGAGUUUUCCAACGAGCAAAGUUCUGAAACUAUCUUUUCUUUUGUUGACAAUUUCCUUCUUUCCUCAUCAUUGGUAUUGGAAAAUCCUCAAAUUAUUAAUCAAGAUAUUUCCCUUUAUUAUACUUAUCUUUCUGGACCUAUUACUUUGGAAAAUGUCGCUGAGAGAAUUAGACUCACUCUAGAGUUGGUAGAUAAGUCUGAGAGUCAACUUUACAGAUUCCACAAGGAACGUCUUGAAGAAUUCCAUAUCCCACAACUGGUAUCAUUUAUCUUGAAGAAUUAUGAUUUCUUUUCACAACAAGAGUACUUUUACCAACCAUUCAACGAAAUCAAAUAUUCUGAAUAUCAAAGCGUUUGGGAACAUGUCUCUGCAAAAUAUUGGGAAAUGAAUCCACGUUAUUAA